AUGGCGGAGUCCCUCGACAUGUCCCUCGACGACAUCAUCAAGAGCAACAAGAAGGGCAACUCCUCGUCCGGCGGGGGUGGCCGCCGCCGCGAGGGCCGCCGCGGAUCUGCCGCUGCCGGCAGCGGCGCGGCAGCGGCCGCCGCCGGAGGCGUCGGCCCCAACAGGCGCGCCUUCAAGAGGUCGGGGAACAGGGCGGCGCCCUACCAGCCGCCGAAGGCCCCGGAAUCGGCGUGGCAGCACGACAUGUACUCGGACGCCUCUGCCAGAGGCGGCGGCGGCGGGAGGGUCUCGGCUAUCGAGACCGGCACCAAGCUCCUCAUCACCAAUUUGGACUUCGGCGUCUCAACCGAGGACCUCAAGGAGCUUUUCUCCGAGCUGGGUGAUGUGAAGCGAUGCUUGAUUCACUACGACCGAAGUGGGAGGUCUAAGGGAACAGCUGAGGUUAUAUUUGCAAGGCGUGGUGAUGCUGUUGCAGCGCUGAGGAAAUACAACAAUGUCCAACUUGAUGGCAAGCCUAUGAAAAUAGAGAUACUUGGGACCAACACUCCUACUGCUCCAGCUGCACUACCAACCAAUAAUGGAACCUAUGCUAGGAAUGUUGCUAAGAGUGCACCAAGGGGUGUCUCAGCUAGUUUGCCACAGAACAGAUCCCGUGCAAGGGGUGGGAGGGGUCGUCGUGGUGGUGGCGGAGGCAGUGGAUCUGGCGGUCGUCGUGGGAAAGAGCGUAGUCAGCCAAGGUCUGCUGAAGAACUUGAUGCUGAGUUGGAGAAGUACCAUGCACAGGGUACGACGCCGAUGCAGACCGCCGAAUAA